UAUAGUGUGACAGCGUGUGGCCAGGGGCGGAGAAGGGUGUAGUGAGAGCAGCACAGGAAGUGGCCGCAACGCCUCCAAAAUACAAAACACGUAAGGCUCGGUGUGAUUGGAUGAUGCAGCUUUAGCCUCUUCAAUGGAAUCAACAGCCUGGCGAUAACUUGCCCAGUGAGGAGUUUGUAUGAACAGAAGCCGGCGGCAACAUGAGAGCGGCUCCUACUGCUGUGCUUACUGCACUGACUGCCCUUAGCGCCUAUUAUGUGUACUCUCCCUUGCCCAGCACCGUGUCAGAGCCGUGGAAGCUUAUGCUGCUGGAUGCCACCUUCAGAUGCGCCCAGGAUCUGAGCAAUUUGGCCCACUAUUUUGGCUUCAGCCAUCACUUGAGAGUCCUGAAUUUUGUUUCUGGCUAUUUUGACCAGUUGGAUCCUGUAUCUUCAGAGCAUUUAAAAGUCACAGAUACAGUGUUUGAUGGAGUAGAAGUCAGAAUCUUUGAACCUACAAAGGCUUUCGAUAAGAAUUUGAAAAAAAGCAUUGUAUAUAUCCAUGGUGGUGGCUGGGCCCUGGGAAGUGCAAGAAUGAGGUCCUAUGACAGCUUAUGUCGUAAAAUAUCUGAAGAUGUGAAUGCAGUAGUUGUUUCUAUUGAGUACAGACUGGUGCCAGAUGUUCAUUUUCCUGAGCAAUUAAAUGAUGCAGUGGCUGCCACCAAGUACUUUUUGCAUCCCGAAGUGCUCGCAGAAUAUUCUGUUGAUCCAUCGAGAAUUGCUGUGUCUGGAGACAGCGCUGGAGGGAACCUUGCGGCUGCAGUGUGUCAGCAGCUAGCCGGAGAUAGCAGUGUAACAACCAAAGUGAAACUCCAAGCCUUGAUCUACCCUGUGCUUCAGGUGUUGGAUUUCAACACUCCCUCUUAUCAACAAAACAUGGACAUGCCAAUUCUUUCUCGCUUUGUCAUGAUAAAGUUUUGGCUGGACUACCUGAAUGGUAGCCACAGUUUUGCACAUUCAAUGCUCGUAAACAAUCAUACAUCUGUUGACCUCAGUGAAACCGUAACCUUAAGGGAACUAUUGAACUGGAAUUCAUUAUUGCCUUCAUCUUUCAAAAAAAAUUACAAACCUGUUUUACAAAGCCAUGGCACCCAUAAAAUAAUCAGUGAGGUGCCUGCGUUACUUGACUUGCGGGCAUCUCCACUGAUUGCCAAGAAGGAAUCACUUCAGCUCCUUCCAAAGACCUACAUCUUAACCUGUGAGCAUGAUGUCUUAAGAGAUGAUGGCACCAUGUAUGCCAAACGCUUGGAGGAAGCUGGUGUUGAUGUUACCCACGACCACUAUGAAGAUGGCUUCCAUGGAUGUAUGCUGUUUGCCUCAUGGCCCACUUAUUUUUCAGUUGGAGCAAGGACAAGAGAUGGAUAUGUAAAGUGGCUUGCUGAGAAUCUGUAGAUUAUUGCAAAAUAGGGGUUUAUCACACAGGCUACUAACUUCAUGCAAAAUAUGAGGCAUCAGUGCAUAUGUUUUUGUCUUCCCAAUAUGAUUGUAUAUCUGUGUGGAUUUGCCAGUCCAAGGCUGGAAACAGUAUAUGUGAAUUCUCAUUUGGUCACACUGGUUCUAAAUAACAGCAGCCAAUAAAAGGCUGCCUCACCCACGGUAGUGCUUCUGCUCCAUUAAAUAGUGCAAUAUACAAUUUCUUGUUUUUACAGACACAAAUCACACAAAAACGUUUAAUUAUAAUUCCUUAUCUUUGCAUAAACCAAUAGUGUCUGGUUUUAAGGAUAAAUGUAUUUCAUUGCAUAUCAGAUGGACAGUGUUGCUUUCUAGAAUUCUGGGGCUUUAUGGUUUAUUGUUUGUGUUUUCUAUUUUUUAAAAUUGAGUGAAACUGUUUUUAAGUUGUAAAAUAUAGAAGCUACUUUGCUCUAACCUCCCUUUAUACACUACUGUCUCACAGUAGAAGGAAAUUAAGCUGGAUAAUUAAUAGGUUACCCAAUGCAGAUCCACCAUCCUGAUUUAUUUGUGUCACUAGGUUAGAAUCAGAUAAUUGUCUGCCUAAGCAGACAUAUAGGGCGUGGGUAGGGUUCUAAUGCUAAACCAAAGAGUCAUUCUUUGGCUUCUGAUGUAAGAGUUGUGCAAUAGUCUUUCCCUUUUGUUAGCUGAUAUGUCUCAUUUAUAGUUAAUAGGGGUUCUGAGAUACUCUUACGGAAUAUUAAGGAGACUAUUUUCCAUCAAUAUUUAGAGGAGACAUUUGGCUCCUACCUCAGACAGGAGUGCUACUUUAGCACCAGAUGCAUUUACUGCAAAGUUGCCUUUAGCUGAGCCUCCCCACAUUUGCAAAGGUGAUGUAACCAGUGGCUGCCAUGUCUGGACUUUGGUUAACUUUUGGAUUGCAGCACCUUGAGUAGGAGUUGAACUUAGUCUCCAUUUCUAUCUCUAAUGCAUAUGUUGCUAUGUGCAGGAUUGAGUCAUUUCUAUGGCAGAUACCUAGGAUCAACAGGGCAGCAGGAAAGUACAAUCCCUUGUAUAUAUGUGUUAUCAAGAAUCAGCUUUAUAGCUACAGAAGCCAAUAGUUUAAACUGUAGUAGGAAGAUUGGCUGCUCUGUGAAAGGAGAGUAGUAUUCUAACAUGUCAGUUUUAUUUCCAAACAUGUAAUGUUUUAGGACAUUUGCCAACAAUAUCACCCUGCACAAUCUUCCACUCCCCAAAGACACAUGUACUUUUGCAUUGACAAUCAGAAUUAAUUGCAGCAUUCCCUUAAGAAUGAAGCUGCUACUACUACUGCUGCUACUACUACUACUACUCACAGAGCUUGUUUGUGUAGGUGUCUCAUUUGGAGUGUAUCAGAGGUUCAUGUUACUUCACUAUGAUGAAAUUAGCGUUUGUGUUACGAGCAGCUUUACUUACCUUUUUGUUUCAUUUGUGCAGUAUUUGUUAGUGCUUCUACUACUGAUUUUGCAUCACAUUUCCAAUGAUAAUAGCUUUGUCUCAGAGACAUAAUGGCAGGAUUAGUGUCAGUUUUCUUCCUGUAAUAAUAGUGCAGAUGUCCCCACAUGCCCUCACAUUUUCAGAUAAUAGCUCAUCGGGCAACAUGAGCUUAGUAAAUACUAUCAUCUCAUGUGAGAAGCAGUUUAUAACAAUUCCUUUUGUUUCGUCACCGCACUUUAUAGUGUGACA